AGCAGGGGGCGUUUGUAAGGAGUCCUAUUUCAAAGACUACCACUGAGUAGGAGGAGGUUGCGUGUUAGUUCAGACACAGCCAAACCCUGUCUGAUCGCUAUCUUUAGACAUUGGUCGGGCUCUUAAAUUCUUUUUGUGUGCCAACCAUUUAAAAUAAUUAGGGGGCUUGAACAAAACCGUAGAUUCAUGGGAAAUGAUGACACCAACAAUACAACCACCGUUUUGUUGCACAAUACUAAGAGUUUGCACAACAAGGAGGAACUAGUUUAGACUUGAGCAGAAUAUUUCUUUACACAUUCUUUUUUUUUUUUUUUUUUUUUUUUUAGUUUAUAGCCUUCAAAAAAAGUGAUCCUGAAAGUGUCGAGCUCUAAUUUAACAGCAGGAAGGUUUGAGUUUAAAAAAAAAAAAAAAUGGCGACAAGAGGAGGGUACCCCAUGACUGCUGGUAGUCCCAUGAAUUUAGGGGGUAACCCAGUGAAUCCUAAUAUUAACCCUAUGAAUUCGGGUCAAGGUGUUCUUCGGAUACCUCAUGCAAUGCAACAGAAUCCAGGCUAUCGCACCAUGGGCACAGGCGCCUCCCCGUACCACCAGCGGCAGGGAAUGCCCCCAGGUCGAGGUAUGCCAAUGCCAGGGAUGGGGCCUGUCCCUGGACCUUCAUAUGGUCCAGGGAUGCCCAUGAGGCCUGGCAUGCUUCAGCAAGGGAUGGACCCCUUCCGAAAACGACUUCUUCAACAGCAGCAGCAGCACCACCUUGGGAUGCAUAACCAGAGACGGGGAAUCAAGCGACGGAAAAUGGCAGACAAGAUACUUCCUCAAAGGAUUCGAGAGCUGGUUCCUGAAUCUCAGGCCUACAUGGAUCUCCUUGCCUUUGAGCGCAAGCUCGACCAGACCAUCGCUCGCAAGCGCAUGGAGAUCCAGGAAGCUAUUAAAAAGCCUAUAACACAAAAACGCAAGUUACGUAUCUACAUCUCCAACACCUAUACCCCCGCCAAACCAGAGGGGGACGAGGCAGAGAAGGUGGCUUCGUGGGAGCUGCGCGUGGAAGGAAAGCUUCUGGAAGACCCUGGAAAACAGAAGAGGAAGUUUUCUUCCUUCUUUAAGAGUUUGGUGAUUGAGCUGGACAAAGAACUGUAUGGACCAGACAACCACCUGGUUGAGUGGCACCGGAUGCCUACAACCCAGGAGACGGACGGGUUUCAGGUGAAGAGACCUGGAGAUGUCAAUGUGAAGUGUACUCUCCUGCUAAUGUUGGACCACCAGCCCCCACAGUACAAGCUGGACCUGCGUCUGGCUCGUCUGCUGGGCGUUCACACCCAGACCCGCGCCAACAUCAUGCAAGCUCUGUGGCUCUACAUCAAGAACAACAAGCUGCAGGACAGCCAUGAGAAGGAGUACAUCAACUGCAACCGCUACUUCAGACAGGUGUUUAACUGUAAUCGGAUGAGAUUCUGUGAAAUCCCGAUGAAGCUGGCUGGCCUGUUGCAGCAUCCAGACCCCAUCAUCAUCAAUCACAUGAUCAGCCAUGCCGAAUGUGUGGACCCAAAUGACCAGAAGAAAACGGCUUGCUAUGACAUUGAUGUGGAGGUGGACGACCCCUUGAAAAGUCAGAUGAGCAGCUUCUUGUCAUCGACCACCAACCAGCAGGAGAUCGCUGCUCUGGAAGUGAAGAUCCAUGAGACCAUCGAGUCAAUAAACCACUUGAAAACUCAGCGGGAUUUCAUGCUAAGCUUCAGUAACAACCCCCAGGAGUUCAUUCAGGACUGGCUGAAAUCCCAGUGCCAGGACCUCAAGCUGAUGACGGACACGGUUGGAAACCCAGAAGCGGAGAGAAGAUCAGAGUUUUACGAGGAGCCCUGGGCACAGGAGGCUGUCGGGAGAUAUGUUUUCUCAAAGGUACAGCAGCGCAGGCAAGAACUGGAACAAGUGCUUGGAAUCCGCCUCACCUAGAGAUGGUUUUCUUCUAUAGUACAUGCCUGUGGAGGCUCUGAAUUGAAAGCAUGUGACCUACCAGCAUUGGAAUUGACAGGGUCCAUGCAAACACAUGGUGGUUUUAUCUAUAGAACAACAACUUGAAGAUGUACCGUGUUUACUCGAAUUCAAGUCGCACCCCCAAAUACGGACACCAAGAAAAAAAAAGACCCUGAAUGCAAGUCCCAUUUAACUCUUAAUGAAAAAAGCAAAAUAAUUAACGAUUCAAUUACUUUUUGAUUUCUAGGUGAAUCUUUCUUUAAGCAGUACAUACCUUAGUGUCCCUGUUUCUUGUGCUCCUCCAGAUAGAGAAAGGAAGAUAUAGAAAUAAAUGAUUGUUCAUUUUGAAGCCAGACCCGCAUUGAUCAUUUCAACAAGUACUAUACUGGUAAUAUUAUAGUAUUACAUAGCCUUUCGAUUAUGUCUCCGUCUUUUGAUGCAUCGCAGAUGCCGCAGUUUCUUUUUUCUUCAGCAAACUAAAUUACUUUUCUUUUAUAAGCUGCAUCAAAAAAUUUUCAUGAAGUUUGCUGUGCAGCCAUUUUAAUAUCCGGGUACUGUAACGAGUGUAAUGUCUGUAGUGGGCAAUGCUCUGUACAGCCGGUCUUCAAGUGCACCAGAAUAAUUGACAUUUUGGCCACAAAAGUGCGACUUCAAUAAGAGUAAAUACGGUAUUUUGUAUGCUAUUAGGUAUUGGCGUAAUCUAAAUGCUGCAAUUACUGGAAAAUAUAAGACAGCGCAAUGUUUUUCAAUUAUUUUUUUAUUUUUUUUAUUUUUCAAGUUUUGUGAAAUUAGCUGAAUUCAGUCUUGGUGAUUUGAGGUUCAGGGGUGAUUUCUGUAUAAUACUGCUUUAGGCAGCUAGUCUGUAUGACAUAAUAGAGGGUAAAGGGACAUAGAUGGGUGGCCGUAAUCUUCAUUUUCUUAAUUUUAAUACAUUUUGCCUUUGUUUUAUAUGUGUUUCUCUAAGAUCAGAGUCCUUGGACAUCUUUUUUAUUCCAGUUGUAGUAUAUCCAUUUGUAUUUAAUAUGGGAUGGGAUUUACCCAAUUCUACUAUUGUAGAAGAGGAUUAUAAAUUAAAACUUCCUAUGCAGUAUAGGGAAAAAAAAAAAAAAGAACAUAGGUGCAAAAACUUUGUUUUAUAACUUUUAUACACCAAAGGAUUUGUUUAACAGUUUAUUGUUGUUUAAUAGUUUAAUAAUAUCUAAGAGAUUGGGAAUAACACAGAGCAUUCAGUUUUUUCUUCUUUCUUCAAAUCUUAAUUUAGUUAUUGAGAGCCAAUUUGAGUUAAACUGUUGAAAUGUCUGUGUGUGUGUGUAUAAUAUAUAUAUAUAUAUAU